AAUCUUCUUUCGCCAUUUUGUUUUUCAAUGUUAUGGAAGAUUGGAUUGGGUAGUUUCUGCACAAGUAAAUAGUGAUUGGUUAUUCGAGGCGGCUUAUUUUUCAAUCUGAAAUAAUACAUAAUGUCCACAUCAGUGUUUUUUGUAAAUGCAGAUUCUAGCGAAGAUAAGUCGGAUUCGCAAUGUGUGGACGAUCAGUCGCAAACCCAAAGCGAAGCCCAACAGGCUCUAAAUCAAUUCUGGCCAAAAGUACUAGAGGAAAUUAGAGCAAUACGUAAUAUGGAUUUGAAACAACAAGUACUGCCAUUAGCAAGGAUAAAAAAGAUUAUGAAACUAGAUGAGGAUGUUAAAAUGAUAAGUGCUGAAGCACCCCUGCUAUUUGCUAAAGCCGCAGAAAUUUUUAUACAUGAAUUAACUUUGAGAGCCUGGAUACACACUGAGGAUAAUAAAAGGAGAACUUUACAACGAAAUGACAUAGCAAUGGCUAUAACAAAAUAUGACCAAUUUGACUUUUUAAUUGAUAUCGUACCUAGAGAUGAUAUAAAACCAACUAAGACUAGAGAAGAAAAUGCACAAAGACCAGGGUCAAAUCCAGAUCAGGUUCAUUACUAUUUCCAAUUAGCUCAACAGCAUCACGCAAAUUUGCAGAAUAACACGUCACCUACCACUACCUCGACAACCGUAGCACAACCUCAAGGUGCCAUUCAAAUUGUUCAGCCUCAGCAAGUUCAAACUGUCCAAGUGAACACCAUUGAACAGGCCGCACCUGGUUCGUCUUCACCUACGAACACAACAACUGCACAAUCUCCUGUCAUUCUCCAGCAGGGCCAAACCAUAACCCCUAGUCAACCUGGAAAUGUCCAAAUUAUCCAGCAGAUCGUUACGCCUAAUGGAGAACUUCAACAGAUACCUAUCCAACUGACACAACAGCAGCUCCAAAUGAUCAAAAUGCAGUUACAAGGGAAUUCUUCGCAGCCUGUAAUAAUCCAAACCGGUCCCAUUGCAGCUGGCGCUCAGCCACAAUUAAUUCAGGUAGCGCCACAACAGAAUACAGGAGCACAACAGGUGUUUCUAGCACAAAGUAACGGCAGUAAUGAAGCUGAGUAAAUGGCUCUUCAAUCUGUACAUUUGUUGUCUAUUUUAUUUUUAAACAGGGUGACUCGUGAUGGAAAUAAUUCCAAAAAAUCAUAUAUAU